AGGCUGCGUGUCAGCCGUGACGCGGUCUUUGCGAAGAGACCGUCGAAACUCACCUGAACCGGUGGCCAGUGAGUGCGCGCGCGUGCGUCCGCGCGGUAUCUCGUGCUCGGGAGCGGCGCGCGCGCAGUGGCGCUGGCACGCGGCGGGGAGGAGAGCGCUCUCGAUGAGAGGAGGCGAGGGUGACCCGCGCGGUGCGUCGCGCGCCCCACCAGUUCCGUCUGCGUGCUGUGCGGACCGUGUGUGUCCAGGGAAGAAGAAGGGGUCGCUUGUGGGGACGGGCUCCUCGGAGCGGCGACAUUCUACAUUAAACUAUAACUAUAUUGUCCUUCGGGGUUUCUGCGUGUGGGUGCGCGCGCGCGAGUCUCCUCUGCUCUGGACCUGGAACUUCAACAUGAUUUGAUACUUAGAAAACUCACAUUUCUGCCACUGUGUUACAAAACCAAUACUGGAACAAGAUGAGAAUUUGCUUGCUUGGUGGUGUCCAUAUAUUUAUCAUCCUGUGGGCACUCUGGCAGGGGGUGAAGAGUCAGUGUGAAGAUCUGCCAACAAGUUUAAAGUUCAACUCUUCGGUCAGGUACAACCUCCCUAGCUUUGAGGCCAGCAAUGCCAUUCAGAACCUCGUUACCCACAAUGGCCGCGUGUACGUGGGGGCUGUGAACACCAUCUAUGGACUGGACGAGAACCUCCAGAAGAUCUGGGAGAGCAAGACUGGGCCUGUCUGGGAGAACCCAAACUGUCCACCAUGCCAGGAUUGUGGUGGCAGGGUCAACUCAUCCUCUGCCAUUCUGAGGGAUGAUGUUAACAUGGUAUUGCUGGUGGAGAGCUUUUACGACGAGGAGUUGUUCCGCUGUGGCUCAGCCCACAGCGGCAUCUGUCAUCGCCUCCACCUAAAUGCCAGCCUGGAGGAAGUCGACUGGAAGUGCAUGUACUCUGGUCAAACCAAAAGCAGGCGGCACAGUUGCCCCGACUGCAUCGCCAGCCCCACAGGGACUAAGGUUUUGAAUGUGGAGACAUUGGGAGUGGUCCGAUUCUUUGUGGCAAACACAGUCAGCUCGUCCUCGCCCCAGACACUCCCUUUCCACACCUUCUCCGUGCGGCAAAUGAAGGAAAGCCAGGCUGGCUUCCACCUUGACUCAGACCAGUCCUAUCUGGAUGUGCCUGCUGCACUGCAGCAGGACUACCCCAUCCACUACAUUUAUGCAUUCCAGAGUGGCCCGCAUGCCUACUUCCUGACAGUGCAGCGGGAGGAUGCUGAUUCGUAUGCCUACCACACCCGAAUUGUGCGCACCUGUGCAGCGGAUUCCACCCUUCGGCGUUAUGUUGAGCUGCCCCUGGAGUGCAUCGUGACAGAGAAGCGCCGUCGUCGGGCUGCCAGCACUGAGCUGUUCAAUGUCUUGCAAGCAGCAUACGUUGCCCGGCCAGGUAGGGCUCUCCGUGAAGAGCUCGGUAUUAAGGAGGGGGAGGACGUGCUCUUUGCUGUCUUCGCACGGAGCCGGCCCAAUUCCCUGGACCCUAUGAACAGCUCGGCCAUCUGUGUGAUCCCUCUGAGAGACAUCAACGCCUUCAUUGAGAAAUACAUCCGGAGUAAAGACACCAGGCAGCUCUUCAACUUUAAAGGGUCCGAUGAGACGAUCCUCUUUAACUCGACCUCCACGGACAACUCCUUCAGCUGUGACGUGCACAGUGGGAGCUACCAGUUGCAGGUGACCACCAGAAGGCAGCGCCUUGACUACUUUAACGGCCAGUUCAGCAACAUUCUGCUCACCUCCAUUGCAGUCUACCCCAUGGGGGACCAGACCGUAGCAACCCUGGGCACGUCUACUGGCCGAGCCAUCCAGGUGGUGGUUUCCCGCUCCAGACAGAGAAACACCCCCCAUGUGGACUUCAUGCUGGACACACAGCCCAUUUCCCCUGAGGUGGCCCUGCUGUUGAACAAGCCCUCAACUGGCUCCUUAUUGUUGGUGACGGGAAACAAGGUCACCAAGGUGCCAAUGGCAGGUCCAGGGUGUAAGCACUUGUGGACAUGCAGCUCCUGCCUGCUGGCACCAGCUUUCAUGGAGUGUGGCUGGUGUCGGAACCGCUGUUCCCGGUCCCAGGAGUGCAUCACAUCACACUGGACUCGUAACUCCUGCCCUCCCACCAUCUCUACGAUUUCACCUGUGUUGGCCCCUGUGGAGGGGAAAACAAAGCUCACCAUCUGCGGGAGAGAUUUUGGCUUCAACAAGAGUGAGAGGUUUGAUGCAAGUGUCGUCGCAAUCAGCGUAGGCAAAGCAGAGUGCGUUCUGGAUGCGAAAGAAAGCAGCAGUAAUCGACUGGUUUGCAUGGUGAACCGUGUGAAAGCACCACAGGCCGAGGCAGCUGUCAAAAUCUACAGCGGGAAGGAAUCCACACAGAAAAAAGGGUUCUCCUUUGUGAACCCUGUUGUGCAUAAAAUCUCACCAACUUUUGGGCCAAAAUCUGGAGGUACAGUCCUAACCAUCAGUGGAAAUUUUUUGGACAGCGGGAACACAAGACAGGUCACCAUUGGGAACAGCGUGUGUGAGAUGAUAAAAAUCUCUGCCAACAUGUUAAUAUGCAGAAGCCCUGCUCAGAAGUUCUCAUCCAACCAAACCGUCAAACUGACCGUCGACUCUGUCAUCAGAGAGGCACCCUCUCCCUUCAUGUACAAUGAGGAUCCCUUCAUCGACAGCAUUCAACCCACCCGCUCUUUCAUCAGUGGAGGAAGCACGCUAUCUGCACACGGGGCCUACCUGCAGUCGGUCCUUCAGCCGCAGAUGAUCAUCAGGCCAGUCCGAGAGGGGAAGGAGUUUAAAGUGGCCUGCACAGUGGGUGAAGACAAGAGAGUUAUCCUCUGCAUCACCCCCUCCCUGAAAGACCUGAACCUCCAGCUUCCAGCAGUCACCGAUGUCUCCUUCGAUCUGGAUGGCUUCUCCACCAAGCCCAAGCGCUUCACCCUGACCUAUGUGGAAGACCCCAGAUUCGAGGAGUUUGAGAAGCCAACGGUUACCUCCAAAGGCAACAAGAACAUUCUAGAGAUUAAGGUGCCAGACGUGGACCUGGAGGCAGUUAAGGGCAAGGUGUUGCGGGUGAGCAACCGGAGCUGUGAGAGAGUGCUGCUGGAGGGGAACACACUAGAGUGCACAGUCCCCACAGAGCUGCAGAAUGUCGCCAAGGAGCUGGAGGUGGAGUGGAAACAAGAAUCAUCCUCAGUGAUGCUGGGCAAGGUGCUGCUGGCCCAGGAACAGGACUACAGAGGCCUCGUGGGGGGCGUGUUCUCCAUCAGUGCCCUCCUCCUGUUGCUCGUGGCCCUCGUUGCCUGGCGAAGGAAGAAGAAGCACAUUGAGGAUUUAGCUGAGGGUAUGGUUUGGUAUGACGGAAGAGCGCAUAUACCACAUUUGGACAUGUUGGCAAACGCAAGGAGUGUCAGUCCCACUAACGAAAUGGUUUCCCAUGAAUCUUUGGAUUAUAGAACUACCUUGCUUGAGGACCAAAACGGGCCCGUGUCCCAAGCAGAGUCCUGCAGACCACCGCCCUACGCCCCCUCGGACCCAGCAGCCAUGUUGGCAGUCAGGGACUCGGACCUUGGUGCGCCCCUGCUGCGGCCCAGCGUGCACAUCGACAUGGCCAGCCUGGAGCCUGAGCUGCUCACUGAGGUCCAGGGUUUGGUCAUCGCACGUGAGGACCUGAUGCUGCACCUCAACGAGAUUAUUGGAAGAGGUCACUUUGGCUGCGUGUUCCAUGGGACCCUGCUGAACAAAGAUGGCCUAAAGGUCCACUGUGCUGUCAAAUCUCUCAAUCGAAUCACUGAUAUCGAGGAGGUGUCUCAGUUCCUGAGGGAGGGCAUCAUCAUGAAAGACUUCAGCCACCCCAAUGUGCUGUCCCUCCUGGGCAUCUGUCUGCCCCCUGAAGGAUCUCCCUUGGUGGUCCUGCCCUACAUGAAGCAUGGUGACCUCCGCAACUUUAUCCGGGAUGAGACACAUAGCCCAACAGUCAAGGACCUGAUGGGAUUCGGGCUCCAGGUGGCCAGUGGCAUGGAAUAUCUUGCCAGCAAGAAGUUUGUACACAGGGACCUGGCAGCCAGAAAUUGCAUGCUGGAUGAGAACUACACAGUGAAGGUUGCUGACUUUGGCCUGGCACGGGAUGUGUAUGAGAAGGAGUACUAUAGCGUGCACAACAAGAGCGGUGUCAAGCUCCCAGUCAAGUGGAUGGCCCUGGAAAGCCUGCAGACACACAAGUUCACCUCCAAGUCGGACGUGUGGUCGUUUGGUGUGUUGCUGUGGGAACUGAUGACACGCGGCGCCCCACCCUACUCCGACGUCAACUCCUUCGACAUCACCGUCUUCCUGCUGCAGGGCCGAAGACUGCUGCAACCAGAGUUCUGCCCCGAUGCUCUCUACAACGUCAUGAUUGAAUGCUGGCACCCCAAACCCGAAAGACGUCCAACAUUCUCCGAGUUGGUGUCCCGCAUCUCCACCAUCUUCUCCAGUUUCAGUGGCGAGCACUACAUCACGCUGAACACGACGUACGUCAAUAUCGAGAAGAUGACGCCGUAUCCCUCCCUCAUUUCAUCCCAGAACCACCUGGACAGGGAUUGCUGUACCUGAGGAAGAUUCGAGGCUGAGAUGGGUGGGCGGCUGGGAGACUCACAUAGGCAAUCUGUGCCUUGACAGGGACACUGAUGCGGUGCUGCAAAAGGCUGUACUGGAUUACUGUUCAGUGUUGGAGCUGUAUUUAACAAAAGCUGGGAUUCCUUCAGUGAUGGCCUGCAUGUCACUGCAAAUGUUUCAGCGACUGAGGAACUUACUAGUACACGGUGCCUCUGCUCAACUCCCCUGCAACGAAUGCAGACUGCUGAACCUUGACCUACAUCUAGUUAGGACCAAAUGAGAAAGGCCUGAUUGCUCUCCUGGCUUCUUCAGCUCCAGUCACUGAUGUUGGAACUUGAGUCUGCUUCAGGAACUCAAGGCUGCUGCAAAGAGCCAUAAGUAGUGAGCCACUGUCACUGAAGCACAUGGGGCUAGAUUGCCUUGGGCUGUGAUGUGGCCUGAGGAGGAGCAGGAGAAGGAGGUUUGGCAUGUAAAGUAUUUGUACUGGCAUAGGUAUUGUUUACUGUUUCUUCAGUCGUGUGAGCACUAUAGCCUUUAGGAAAGUAAUGCUUUGCAUGUAUUUAGUCCACUCUAUAAUGCAGUCUUUGAGUAAGUGUGAUGAAUGUAUAGGUUAAAAUAUUAUUAAGCUAAUGUUAGUGGUAAAGUUUUUUGGGCUAUCGUACAUUUUUGCCUGCAAUACACUGGAGAGUUUAUCUUUAAUUAUUUCAUAAGUUCCUUAUGGCCUCCUUUCAGUGUUUUAUAAAUACAACGUGAGUCACCAUAUGGGAAUUUAAAGAUGUUUUAGUGAGAAAUUUCCAUAUUCUCUCAUUUGUUCCUGUUAUCUUUUGGACGCGCUGCUGUCAUUAGGUGAACUAGUCUUGAAUGUUUAUGAAAAAAUGGAAAGUAUUCUAAUAUUUUUCAUAAAUUUAAAGUAUAUAUUUAAAUAACAAGGGACCUAUCCAAUAGAAUACAUUGCAGGCAGGAAAAAAAAAACAUUGCCUAAAUUCAUUGCUCAUGCAUAGACUGGUUUGCAUUUUGUGCUUUGUAUAUAUUGUUAAGUGUUAUGAAUGUAUAUAUGAGAGUUAUGGUACUGUACAACUUUUGAUUCGUAGAUCUGGAAAA